AUGGACCGACAGCCAUAUCUCAAUCGUUACAGCGGGACCUCAACAGUCCCCACCGAAACCAAAUCCCCAAUCACAACCAUCCAACCAGAAGACAUUCCAUCCCAAACACCCUGGUAUAACCCACGAGGCUGGUCCCUAUGCACGAAACUCAUCGCCAGCACAAUAGCCAUAGUCACCAUCUUGGCUGUAAUACUCAUCCCCGUCGAAAUAAUCCAAAACAGAUACCCAGAUUACACACCCCUCAACUACACCCUCGCAGACACAUACUCCGGUCCAACCUUCUUCGACCAAUUUACCUAUUUCACAGAUGAAGACCCAACAAAAGGUUUCGUCGUCUACGUCAACAAAUCAAUGGCAAGACAUCUUAACCUCACUUAUGCAGCUGAGAACUCGGCAAUCCUACGCGUAGACGCAUCGACACCCCAUGCCCGGUCUGGUCGGAACUCGGUUCGCGUCGAGUCGAGGAAUACCUAUGAUUCAGGUCUUUUUGUCUUCGAUAUCAUUCAUACUCCUUUUGGAUGCGCGACUUGGCCGGCGUUGUGGUUAACGGAUGGAUAUAAUUGGCCGGGGAAUGGGGAGAUCGAUGUGCUCGAAACUACCAAUCUUGGAAGUCAUGGCAAUGAAGUCUCCAUUCAUACUACCAAGGGGUGUAAGAUGGAUGUCAAGCGCAAACAGACUGGUCAGGGGAUCUUUACGAAUUGUGAUAAUGUCACGAACGGGAAUUCGGGGUGUGGUGUCAUCGGGGAUGAGUAUACUUAUGGGGAGGUUAUGAAUAACCGGGGUGGAGGUGUUUAUGUGCUUGAGCUCCGUGAUGCGGGCAUUCGCGCUUGGUUCUUUCCGGCUGGAGCUGUUCCUGGUGAUAUCACGGAGGGAAAUCCGGAUCCAAGUCGCUGGGGGAUCGCGCUGGCGGAUUUCCCCGGUACUGAUUGUGAUAUUGCGGCGCAUUUCAAGAAUCUGAGUAUCAUUAUCAAUAUUGAUCUCUGUGGUGAGCUUGCUGCUCAGAAGCAGUAUUACGAUACUUUGUAUCAUUGUCCGGCGACUUGUUCGGGUUUCGUUGCGACCAAUCCUGGCAGCUUUGUUGAUGCUUAUUGGGAGUUCAGGAGUUUCAAGGUAUAUCGUGCCUCUUGA